AUGUCGCAUGAAAGAAGCCGUGGAAACUUAUCUCCAGUGUCCUAUACUCUAGAUACAACAUCAAAUUCGAGUUCACAGCUUUCUGAAGGAGGCGAUCAGAAUACGUUCUCUUCUUCUUCAAGCUCACCAUCAUUAACAGCAGCACUUCGUAAUUUCGAUAUAGGCGGCACUAAUCUGAACACAAACAGCAGUGCAGCAAGAGAUCAUACGAGAGAUGUUUUCAGUUAUCCUCAGGAUGAUUCAUCCACACAUAUGGAAUCUUAUAUGGAAUAUUUGUCCUUGCUUAAUCAUCGCCAUGCACAAGAACCGGUGAACGAAAGUAGCAGUACAGAAGGUUCUAAUACCGAUGUAGUUACUAACGAAUCGUUGUCCUUGUUGACAAAUACUACUAAUUCAUUAUCAUUUGGUGUGAUAUCGUCAAUUAAUGAUGAAAACGGAGACCAUAAUGAUGAUGACAACAAUCACUUAAAUGAAUCAGAAAACAAUGACGUUACUGAUGGCUCAUCAACUCAAGUGAAUGAAUUCAGUGAUGUUGAGUUGGCACUAUUCCGGGAUUUGUACUCACCAUCAGCAAGUGACCCAAGCACUUAUAGCGAGCAAAGGGAAAGUGCACGUCAGUUUUCAGAAAUUUUCAUUCUCACUGUUUGCUUCUAUCAUGCCAGCCGUGCAAAGAGUGAAGGUUUUGCGAAUAGUUUGGGUGAAACAGUACAAGGCGGAAGUUUUCGUCUGUCACAUCUUAUGCAACGGGAUUUGAAUAGCAGUAAUGAAUCGGAUAUUAUUGAGGGAAAUAAUGGCAGUUUCCAGAAUCCUAUUCAUCAUGAUUCAUCUUUAUCCGCAAGGUUUCGUCCACAACCAUUGAAACUACCCUCAUCAACUCGUUUGAAAAUGACGGUGCUCAAGUGGAAUGUGGCUGCAUCAUGGAAAUGGAUGGCGGGUGAUGAAACUUGUGGGAUCUGUCGAAUGCCAUUUGAGGCAUGCUGCAUUGAAUGCAAAACACCUGGUGAUGAGUGUCCUUUGGCACUAGGAGAAUGUAAGCAUGCAUUUCACAUGCACUGCAUUGUGAAGUGGACUGAAACUCAAAACGCAGCUCGACCGCAGUGUCCUUUAUGUAGACAGGAAUGGAAAUAUGCACCCGGAUAA